CCCCCGGCCCGGGCUCUUUGUCGGCGCGAGCCGGCGGGGGUCGGCAGCGCCAUGUCCUCCCCCAAGAAUGGCUUCUACCGGCAGGAGAUCACCAAGACCCUCUGGGAAGUGCGGGACCGCUACCGGGACCUGCAGCCGGUGGGGUCCGGCGCCUACGGAGCCGUGUGCUCAGCUGUCGAUGGAAGAAGUGGUACCAAAGUGGCCAUUAAGAAAUUGUACCGCCCGUUUCAGUCUGAACUCUUUGCCAAACGAGCUUACCGAGAGCUGCGCCUCUUGAAACACAUGAAGCAUGAAAACGUCAUUGGAAUUUUGGAUGUGUUUACACCAGAUGUAACACUGGAGAAGUUUAAUGACUUCUACCUCGUUAUGCCAUUUAUGGGAACAGACUUGAGUAAGAUAAUGAAGCAUGAGAAAUUAACUGAAGAUCGAAUCCAGUUCCUGGUAUAUCAGAUGUUGAAAGGCUUAAAGUAUAUUCACUCAUCAGGCAUAAUUCACAGGGAUCUAAAGCCUGGAAACCUGGCCGUAAAUGAAGACUGUGAAUUGAAGAUCCUGGAUUUUGGAUUGGCAAGGCACACAGACAGUGAGAUGACUGGCUAUGUGGUUACAAGGUGGUACAGAGCCCCAGAGGUCAUUCUUAACUGGAUGCAUUAUACUCAGACAGUUGACAUCUGGUCUGUGGGCUGUAUAAUGGCUGAGAUGAUAACAGGCAGACCUCUGUUCAAGGGAAAUGAUCAUCUGGACCAACUCACAGAAAUAAUGAAAAUAACAGGUACACCAACGCAAGAUUUUGUUCAAAAAUUGCACAGUCAAGAUGCAAAAAAUUAUAUCAAAAGCCUCCCAAAAGUCCAGAAGAAAGACUUUGCAUCCAUCUUGAAGUAUGCAAAUCCUUUGGCUGUGAACCUUUUGGAGAAGAUGCUGGUGCUGGAUGCAGAGAAGCGAGUCACUGCAGCUGAGGCUUUGCUGCAUCCCUACUUUGAACCAAUUCACGAUCCUGAGGAAGAGAUUGAAGCUGAGAAAUAUGACGACACAUUUGAUAACAUGGAUCUUCCAUUAGAUGAGUGGAAGCGCAUUACAUAUAAAGAGAUACUUAACUUCAAGCCACCACAGACAUUGGACUCAAAGGAGACAGAAGUGUAAUGGCUCAGUAUUUUCAGAACUCUGAAGGCAGAGAAGUUGUAAAUGUUUGUGACAUUUCAGGUGUAUAAAACUCCUUAUAAAUACGUAAUCUGUUUCAUCUGCACUGUAACAAUGUCCUUUACUCUGCAUGUGGAAGUUGGUGCCUUUGGGGCGUAGCAUUUCAAAAAUAGCCAGAAACUUAUUUCUGCCUACAAACUUCUUCCUUCUGCACAAAAGGACUCAGACUGCAAUAACCUGAUGCCAUCCUCAAAAGAGCAGGAUUAAUUCUUCAACUCAGAGAUCUGAAGAGUGCAAGUUACCACCCCAGGCAAGCUGAAACACAGUAUAUCUGAUGUGCUGUGACUGCCACUGAACUGUCUUGAAUGCAAGGGGUAUUCAUGUGACUUCCUGUGGGAUAUUUCACUUUGCUGAGAUGAAUGGGAAGGCUAAUCAUCUCCUGUUACCUCAGGGACUGCAGUGGGUAGCAAAGUGAGUGAGUGCCUGCAUCCCCUGUCCUCUGUGAGUAGAAGAGAAACUCAGAAUUGUUGAUGUCCUAGAUUUUUUUUCAAAAUAACCAGCAUAGCAGGACAAGAUUUCAUAAACUUGCUAGGUGAACAGUCACUGGAUAUAUAAUCACUGUAUAAUAUUUUUUCCAUAAAUACAGUGCAUUUUCUUUGUAUAGUAGAAUAGGGAUCAAGGAUUUACAGGGAGAAAUUCUUCAGAUUUUCUAAAAUUUUGUAAGCUCAACAUCUUAGUAUUGAAAUUAUCUCAGACAAUCAGCAGUGCUGAUUUUAAAAAUAAAGCUACAUGUGGGUCACUUUAUAGGAAAUGAAAUGAGGACCAAAAUGAUAGACUUCCUCUUCAUCAGGAAUACCUGCAGCAACCUGGCUUUUUUUACAGUGUACAAAGCUGUUACCAAGUGAAGAAUAAUACUGAUUUUUUACUGAUUUCAACUCAUCUUACUUGGAAAAAUAUUCAGACCUUUUGUGGAGAGGUACCUUAGCAGAAGGAGUCAGCUUCCUGAUGGGAUAUAUUGGUUAGGUGCUUCCUGAGUUCCCCUCACUGUCCUGUUACUGUAUUUUCCUAGGUACUUUGUUUGUAAGGGUCUCUGAGAGGUGGGAAAAAGAGCUGGCAAUACUUUGUGAAGAAUUUCUGUAUGAAAUUGCUUAUCUUUUUUAAAGGUAGUAUCUUCACAGUUGACUGUUUGUUUGGAUAUUCCCAAUGUAAUAACACCAGGGUGUGUUACUACUGAGUGAAAUGAAUGUGAAAUACAUUUGAUCCUAGCAGGUAGUAACUGGAAAAAAGAAGAAAUUACUUGUUUGUUUUGGUUUUUUUUUUGCUUUAAUAUCCAAUAUAAACCAUAAGUUUAAUAAAGGCACAGUUACUCUGUUUCUUUCAAUGAAUGUUUGAACUAAACACCUGUAAAUGUUAGCAUUUGUUUAAAAAUUGUGAUGAGAGUUGAUUAGCUGAGGUGGACACCUAGAGAGACUAAAUAGUAACAGAGACCUUAAAUUCAUGUAUUUGGCGCGUCAUUAAAAAUGACAGUUUCAGGAAUUCAUUAAAAAAAAAGCAAAGAAUGUAUAUUGAAUCAAAAUGUUUUUCCAAACUACAGCUUUCUCACAGAGGAAGGCAUACUUAAGAGUCAUGCCCCAUUUUGCACUAUGGACUUUCUGCUUGGUCUACACUUCUGUGUUAAAUAGGAACUUUAUCUUUUACAGAAUAGAUAUUGUCUCUUAGGAUCAUGUUCUUUGGUCUUCUUAAAAGUUGUGGGAGAAAAGUGCCUCUUGGAAUUAGUUGUGUUGAUAGACUGAGUCAAUGGGAAAUGAAAAAUGUCAAACACUUACUUGAAAAUGCUGCCUCUAUAUUUUAAAUAGAUUUCAACAUCCUAAAUUCUAGCAAAUGCCUGAAGUCUGGAGAUAAUGCAGAUGGCUCAAAUGUUAGUCAGACUAGGAGGGAGUAUUUUUUUAAUUGAAAAACUGCUUUGCAUUUUCUUCCCUAAAGGCUAAUGCUUCAGUGGGCAUUUCCACAAAGUCAAGCCCUAAAAUCCUCCACUGGCUGAGGUGAACUUUUCCUUGUCUUAAUUUUUACUUAGCGUUGGAGAAGCAGCCAGCACACAUGAGAAAGACAUAAAAAGAUAAUGUUAGCUUUUCUUGGUAGUGGAGAAAUAGAGAACUCUUAAAGUAACUGAAGACCUUGAUGCAUAUGUCAGCAAAAACAGACGUACUGCUGUGCUAUCAGCAAAUGGCAAAGCCAACAUCAAGUUGGUCAAGAAGUUUCUGUGAAGACAUUGAAUUGUGCAGAAAUGGCUCCAAGUGGCCAUCUCUCCAGUAGAAAUCAUUAAAAGAACUGUGAGAUGAAAGCAGAAAUACUUUGCAGCGGAAGCAGCUGCUACUCAGAGGGAGAGACAACAGUUCCUAAGUUUUUAUUUGCUAUUCCUACUGGUGCUAAGCAACUCAGGUAUAAGAACCCAAUUUCUGUUUGCCUUAAAAGAGAAAUGUAAAUACAUUCUGCAUGUACAUGAAAUGUGUUGUGACAAAUAAAGGUUGUGAGUUUGUUUUUUACACAAUAAUGGUCUUAUUUUCCUCAUAUGUAUUCUCAGAUGUAUAAUCAGUACUGAAAAUAUUACUUUCAGUAAAGGGAUCUGUAUGAAAUUA